AAGAUCACGAGCCCUUUUCAGUUUUGUCAAUUUAACAGUGAUACCGUGAUAACCAUGAUAAACUAUGCUACCCCUAAUUAUCUGCCGUACUGGUAAACAUUAAUUAUAUAUUGUCAUAUUUUAUUAAUAUGUUUUUGUAUAAUAGUGUCCGUAAUAACGAUUAAGACGAGUGGGCAUUUGACAAAAGAAGUGUCUUCAGCGUCGGAGUGCGGAUAUUGUUCCCACGAUUGAAGACCGUCCCUGGCCAUCUUCCUGCUAUUCUAGAAUCUCUGGUCACAGCGAGAUCAGACAAAAUGGAUGUGACUCAAGCAAAACAGGAGCAUUUACUUGCAUUAAAAGUGAUGCGGUUAACAAAGCCAACUCUCUUUACAAACAUGCCAGUGACAUGCGAAGAUCGAGAUCUUCCAGGGGAUUUGUUUGGUCUGCUGAUGAAGGAGGACCCUUCCACCAUCAAAGGAGCGGAGGGUUUAAUGCUCGGAGAGAUGCUCACGUUACCUCAGAACUUCGGAAACAUUUUCCUUGGCGAGACCUUCUCCAGUUACAUUAGUGUACACAAUGACAGCACCCAAUUGGUGAAGGACAUUCUAGUAAAGGCUGACCUGCAGACCAGCUCACAGAGGCUGAACCUAUCAGCGUCGAACGCAGCGGUCACAGAGCUCAAGCCGGAAUGCUGCAUUGAUGAUGUCAUCCACCAUGAGGUCAAAGAGAUUGGAACUCACAUCUUGGUCUGUGCUGUCAGCUAUACCACACAGUCUGGUGAGAAGCUCUACUUCAGGAAGUUCUUUAAAUUUCAGGUUUUGAAGCCACUGGAUGUCAAAACAAAGUUCUACAAUGCUGAGAGUGACCUCAGUUCCGUGACAGACGAGGUGUUCCUGGAGGCUCAGAUUCAGAACAUCACCACGUCCCCCAUGUUCAUGGAGAAAGUCUCUCUGGAGCCCUCCAUCAUGUACAACGUCACUGAGCUUAACACUGUGGCGUGUGGUGAAGACGGAGCAUCUACAUUUGGGAAGAUGUCCUACCUUCAGCCCAUGGACACACGCCAGUACCUCUACUGCCUCAAACCUAAACCAGAGUAUGCUGAGAAAGCUGGCGUCAUCAAGGGUGUGACUGUCAUAGGCAAACUGGACAUCGUAUGGAAGACCAACCUAGGAGAGAGAGGGAGACUACAAACCAGCCAGCUACAGAGAAUGGCCCCAGGUUAUGGAGAUGUGAGGUUAUCGUUGGAGAUGAUUCCUGACACUGUGAACCUCGAGGAACCCUUUGACAUCGUCUGUAAGAUCACCAACUGCAGCGAGAGGACCAUGGAUCUGGUGCUGGAUAUGUGUGACACCAGGUCUAUCCACUGGUGUGGCGUAUCGGGGCGCCAGCUAGGGAAGGUCAGCCCUAGUGCCUCCCUGUCUUUACCCCUCAAACUCCUGUCCUCCUUCCAAGGCUUGCAGAGUAUAUCCGGACUUAGACUCACGGACACGUUUCUGAAGAGGACUUACGAAUAUGAUGACAUUGCUCAAGUGUGUGUGGUCUGCCCCUACAUGAGCCGGGAGGGUUAAACUCAUGCCUGGAACCACUGCUGCUUGCAUCUUUAUGGACCAAUCGUUGCGCUCUCUGUGUCUACCAUCACCUGCCACUUAUGUUUGCACCCCGAGGAGAUCAUGUUUUAACAUAUGUAUUGUUUUUAAGUGUUUUCUUUGAAACACACUUUGAUUUUAAAUGUGAAUAAUUGUGAAUAAAGUCAUUAACUUAA